AUGGUGCCAUACAUCGAUCAAUUUGCCGUAAAUGGCAAUAUCACGGCUGAUAUGCGAGGUUCAUUGCUUCCAUCCCAAUCAGCAGAACAGCUGGAGCCACCUGUAAAACGGGCGCGGACCUCGAACAGCCCUCUGAACCAAGUCCCUGUCUCGGCGUCUAUUGACCAUCCAAAACUGCCGGGGGAUGUCAACGCUACAUCCUAUCCGUACAUAACCAGCAACGGUGGUCAGGAUAUCAGUGGAGCGGCUCGAGAUUCAUAUGCCACCGGAGGCAGCAGCACGCCCCAGGAGUCGACUACGUCCACGUCAUUCACAUCCUCCUUUGACGCAAAGAAAUCUACAUCUCCUCCGACAACGCCGGCAAAAUCGCACUGGACACCUCCCUUCACCUCAGGCUUGAGCCUGGCGGAUAGUGGGAAAGCUGACUUUUCCAAAUGCCGACCCCGGUCGUCGAUUCCUUCGAGGCUUUCACCUGCUGUCUACGGCCAGCAAUGCGUUGUAGCCGCAUAUGCGUCUCGACUGGAUCCAUAUACGCUUCAUCGUAAGGAGCAGGAUGCUCUUCAAGACCACCUUUGCCAUCUGCAAGUCACGCUCUACCUCAACAUCCGAAAUGGAAUCCUACGGCUCUGGACCCGGAACCCUAUGGUCAGCGUCACUAGGGAGGAAGCCUUAGGCUGUGCCAAGGACUAUAGAUGGAUGAACCUGGCAUCAUUUGCCUAUGACUGGCUUGUCCGGAACGGCUACAUUAAUUUCGGGUGUGUGGAGGCUCCAAUACGGCAAGUGCCACCAAAGCGCGGCAGAAGAAAAGAGGGUCCUGUUAUUGUCGUGGUUGGCGCUGGAGUGGCUGGUCUGGGCUGCGCACGGCAGUUGGAGAGCCUCUUCCGCCACUACCGUGAUGCAGACACCGCGCCUCGUGUCCUCCUCCUGGAGGGCCGUCGCAGAAUCGGUGGGCGUAUCUACUCACACCCUCUCCACAGUCUUCAGUCAACGGAUCUCCCUUCUGGCCUCCUUCCCAAGGCGGAAAUGGGGGCGCAGAUUAUCGUGGGUUUCGAGCAGGGCAACCCUCUGGACCAGAUCGUGCGUGGCCAACUGGCUCUUUCUUAUCACUUCCUCCGUGAUAUCUCGACGAUUUACGACGUAGAUGGAUCGCCCGUGGAUGAGGUUCGGGAUUCUAUGGACGAAAAGCUCUACAACGAUGUGCUUGAUCGCUCCGGUUUCUACCGCCAUAACGCAGUGAUCGUUCCUACUGCUGAAGGUGACCGAGACAUGAUUGAUACGGGCCGGGAGUCAACGGUGAAUGAUGGCCUGACAGUACGACAGUACGAAGAUGCCAGAGCCGCCGGGACGAUCGAUUUGCUAGUCCCCAAGAAACGGGUUCGUCGCGGAGUCGGACACAAGACGGCGGAUAUCAAGUCGUCUGGGGAUACAGAUCUUGUCGGGCCAUCCAAGGAGCAUCCUGCGGCUUUGGCCUGCCAGGCAAUGGGGUGGAAGCUGAAUCCAGGUUACACUGUGAAUAACACGCUUGAACUCGACUCUCUUGCCAAGGGAUAUCCGGCGCAAACCCUCGGCGCGAUCAUGGACGAGGGAGUCAAGCAGUAUCAGCGCAUGCUUCCGUUGACACCAAGGGAUAUGCGGCUGUUGAACUGGCAUUUCGCAAAUCUCGAGUAUGCCAACGCCACGAACGUUGACCGACUCAGUUUGAGCGGCUGGGAUCAAGACAUUGGUAAUGAAUUCGAGGGAGAACAUUCGCAGGUGGUGGGUGGUUAUUCGCAACUGCCAUAUGGGCUGUAUUCUCUUCCUACACAGCUUGACGUGCGCACCGGCAAGAUUGUUUCCAACAUCUCUUACAAUGCAACUGGGACUGGAACCCGGAAAGCGAUGAUCCAAUGUGAAGACGGCGAGAAGUUUAUGGCCGACCACGUCGUGUUCACCGGGUCUCUUGGCAUCCUGAAACAACAAUCUAUUACAUUCGACCCUCCUCUUCCAGACUGGAAGAGUGGUGCAAUUGACCGAUUAGGGUUUGGAGUCAUGAACAAGGUGAUCUUGGUAUUUGACCAGCCAUUCUGGGAUACGGACCGGGAUAUGUUCGGUCUUCUGCGGGAGCCAGAAAACCCAAACAGCAUGGUGCAGGAGGAGUAUGCAGCAAAUCGUGGCCGAUUUUAUCUAUUCUGGAACUGUGUGCCAACCACGGGUCUUCCAGUUCUCAUCGCUCUCAUGGCCGGCGACGCAGCUCACCAGGCGGAGCGCACUUCAGAUGCCGAAAUCAUUGGUGAAGUCACCAGCCAACUGCGGAACGUCUUCAAGCAUGCCACUGUCCCCGAUCCGGUCGAGACCAUCAUCACCCGCUGGGGCAGCGACCCAUUCACCCGCGGAAGCUACUCCUACGUGGCGGCCGCUGCUCUCCCAGAAGACUACGACCUCAUAGCCCGGCAGAUUGGCAACCUGCACUUUGCAGGCGAAGCCACCUGCGGCACUCACCCAGCUACUGUCCACGGCGCAUACCUUUCCGGACUGCGCGCUGCAUCCGAGGUAAUCGAGUCCACAAUAGGUCCCAUUGAGAUCCCCAACCCUCUGGUCCCCGAGAAAGUCAACAGCAGUCACAACCCAAAACCCAUGGAAAAAUCUAAAGAGGAAGCCUAUACCCAAGCCUUCUGGACCCAAAUCUACGCCGAACUCGGCCCCGCACCUCCCCGCCCUGCAAAAGCAGGCCUAAACCCCUUCCUCCUCUACCAAAAGGACUACUGGACCACUUGCCGUGAGCAAUGCGACGAAGCCCGCCGCACAGCAACCAAGAACGCGAACGCGCGUGCCGCUCGCGACGAGAUCCGGCAUGCGCUCGGCCAGAUGUGGCGCAAUGCCACGGCCGACAUUAAGGCGCCGUACCUUGCGCAGACGGAGGCGAAUCGCAAGGCUAAUGCUGAGGCUUGGGAGAAAUGGAAGGUUGAGGUUACCGAGUGGGAGAGGUUGACCUAUGUUGUUAAGGAUCGGUGGUGUGCUGCUAAUCCGUUUGAGAGUUGGCAGACUGGUACCGAUGUGUCUGGAGAUGCUGCUGCUGGGGUUCAGAGCAAUGGGGUAUCUCAUACUUCCUGA